GUCGUCGGAGCAGGAAGUUCAAGAUAGGCUUUUAGGGCAGAGCGAGAGUCGAAGCUGCUGAGCGGGGAUCUGGUGCGAGUUGGCUUAGCUAGAUGCCAGGGAGUCUUGCCUCCUAGGGUUUCUCUGUCUUCCCCGCUUGUUUCUUUGAAGCACUAAUUUCUGAGGUUGACCGCGGUUGAAGAAUCGGAUAAUUGGAAUUCCUUUUCGGAAACCCUAGUUUUCUUGAGAAAGGAAGGAGUUUCUCGUGUUGCGUUGCGAUGGCAGCCAAUGCACUUUCCACUGCGACAAUCGCAUUAACCGAGAAAAAAAUGGACAUGGCUUUAGAUGAUAUUAUCAAAAUGUCCAAGAAGGCUUCCUUCAAAGGCAAACAGGCUUCUAGGACUACUAAUAAAAGCCAAAGAUUCAUGAAUGAUCGUGGAAUACAACGUAACUACAAGGUUCAGAGGUUUAUGAAUUCUAGAUCAUCCAUAAGACAGGGUGUGCUUUCCCAGAGAAGAACAAGCUUUAAAAGGAGUCAAUUCCCAGUGACGACUGCGGCUGCAAGAAGGGGCGUCGGUGCAACUAUUCGCAAUAGGGUGGCCUAUCCAAGCAAGCAGAGGUUUGCAGCUGCUUCUAUGCGAAGGGAUGCUGGUGAUGGAAAUAUUGUUAGAAAGGAUAAGCAGAAACCAAAAACCUUGGAUGCUCUUUUCUCAGAUCUCAAGGAGCAGAGGAUACGAACGAUCUCCCUGGAGCUGGCUCGCAGCCGCGGACAGUUCGCCGGACAGGGUCGGCGUGGUCGGCGGCAGCAGAGAGGACUUUAUGGUGCUGCAAAUGCUGCUGCUGGAGCCCGAGCUGGUGAUGGCUUUGGAGAAUUUAUCAGAUGAAAUUCCAGAUCCUUGUUGUUGAACCCCUUCUUUUCCAUCCAUUUUUCAGGGCCUAUGCCUUUAGGCUUCUCUUUAUGUUGUUAGCAGGAAAGUAUAGGAAACUUAUCUCUGACUUUUAUUCUCCUGAUAAAACACAUUCCAAUGGCAGUUUGAUGCACAUUUAGGGUUGCAGCGAAAUCUCCCAUUUUUGUUUUCUUAUGAUAUAAUAUAAAUUCGUUUUCGAUUCCUUAUAAAAUUUUUUCCCCUGGUAUCGAGUGAUUUUAUUCAGCUUAACGUUAUCAGGGAAUCUGGUUUUGCAUUUUGAUCAUAUCUAAGUUCAUAACGUGUGAUUUCUUCUGGCUCUGCUUGGAUUAAGGUGGCUUUUUUAGCCCAUUUAACAUCUUAUGAUCUAUCAAUGUAGGUGAAGAUCUUGCUGAUUCCUCAUAUAUUAGAGAAAUUAUUUUUUGCGUUCAGAGGUAAAUCAGAGCGCGUUGGUACGCAACAAAAAAGUGAUGUGACGUGCUCUGACUCGUCUUCAGAUGCCGUCCGGCGACCGGACCGCACAGAAUAAUUUUUCCAUGACAUAUUCAAUAGUGAUGGACAUCUCAUAUGAAUAUAAAAAGUGUUUUCUCAUGAAAUACACUGCAAGGUUGAGGCUUGUAAUCUAAUAUUUUAUUUAUUGUAAUCUUUGCAUCAAUUUCAAGGCAGGUGAAAAUUUGCCACUUGAUUUUUGCUGGAAUACUUCAAGCAAUUGAUUCAAGAUAUUAUUAACCGAA